GUCAAAGUUCCGAGAGCUCUGAAGAGAGAAAGAGAGGAGAGGCAAAUACGCGCGGUACCCAUUUUGUUUGUUUGGGACUCUUUGGCCUAGUGAAUUGCUUAUUUGAAUUUCUUGUAAACUGAAUUGAUUUUUGUAGAAGCAGUUCUUCAGGAUUCCAAUGGUGUUGUCACUACAUACAGAAAGACCCACACGGCACAGAUCAAGAAUUUGAACAGCAAUCCUUCAAUGAAUGAAGCGUCUUCAAAAAUACUAUACUACUACUGCUCCUCCUGACCUUGUGGUAGGGCUGAUUCACGGCACAAGACAAGCAAGUGACAGAGAUCGGAUUACUGGAACUGGGUGGUGGUUGAUAGUACCACCCCUUUACCCCCGGUAGAACAUUCCACCAGUGACGAGUCACCCGAGUGGGUUACUGCCAACAUGAGUCAGACAGACUUAAAUACUGCUGGGUGGACAGAGAUAAAUGAGCUUCUGCAUCAAACACAACAGGAGAACAUGGCGAUGCGACAGCAAUUAGAGCUGCUUAAACAAGAAAACAGAACACUCAAAGAUAAAAUAACAGCACUUGAUUCUUCAAUGCAGUACUCCAAAACUGAUUAUGAAAAGGCAAUGUUACUCGCAUUAGAAGGUAGUUCGCGAUCACGUGGAGAAAGCCCGAUCCUGCCAACAGAACCAGAUAGCACAACGCUUGAGCGUAUGCCAUCAGAGAGUAGUUUAGUGAACGACCUUUUAUUGCUUCCUUUCCUGCCAUCAUCAUCUUCUGACGGAUCCGGUCUUGCAGAUGAUCCAUCAAACGCAUCUGAUAAUAACUGGGACAUUGUAAGUAGUGAGGGAGAAGGGUCAGUAGCAUGUUUACAAGAUCGGAUCCUUCAGAUGGAGGAAAAUCACUACACUGUAAAUGAGGAGUUGCAAGCCACUCUUCAGGAACUCACAGAUCUGCAAGAGAACAACAAUUUCCUCUCACUGGAUAAUGAUAAACUAAAUGAGGAGAAAGUUCUUCUCUUUGAACUUUUGUGUCAACGAAUAGAAAAAGCUGAACGUUUGGAAAAACUUACUGACCACUUUAACACUUUCAUAAAGGAGAACAAAAUUGAUUAUGAUAGUAAAAAGUAUGAAGAAGAAUUUAAAUGCGAUAAAGAGGAAAUUAAUAAACGAAUAACAGAACUCAUGGAGGCUAGUAAAACAAGCAUAGAUGGGCAGAAACUUAUAGCAACGUUGAUUGAUCAACGCGAUAGCAGAAGUAAUUUAGAAAAACUUCAGAACAAACUCUAUGAGAUGGAGCAAGUAAACGAGGAAUUAAUAAAUGAAAAAGAGAAAUUAGAGGGAGAAAUCGUUCAAUUAAAUGAAACUAUAAUGAAUUUUGAGGAGGGUUUUCUCAAGGUAAAAGUACAGUUAAAAGAUGAACAAAGUAAGUCUGCUCAUUUAGUUGAAUAUCAGGAUCCAGAUGGCAAUUUAAAUCUUGAUAUGUUACUUGAAAAUGCCAGAUCUGAAAAAGAGCAGUUGGACAACCGAUGUACACAGUUGGAGAGAGAACUGCAAACCAGUAAGGAAGAGACAGAGAAUUUACAUGAAGAAUUGGUAAAGUAUCAAGAUAUGUAUGAAUCAGAAAAAGAUGAGGAGUUAACCGCAAUGAAGCAGAUGAUGGACGAGCUUGAGUGUGAGAAGCAAGAGUUAGAAACGGAAGUGAUCAAUUUAAAAGAUGCAGUGGAGGAGAUGGAUGUUGAGACAGAGCGGCUUAAAGCCGACACCCAACAGCACCUACAGACUAUAUCAGAUCUGAACAAAUCGCUGCAAAAUCUGAAGCAAGAGAAACAGGAUUUACAACGGAAUUUAAAUGAGUUGAAGAGGACUAGUACAAGAGCAGCUGAUGAAUGGAAGUCAUUCCAGGCAGAUUUACAAUUAGCUGUAGUAAUUGCCAACGAUUAUCGUAGUGAGGCUCAAUCUUCUGUUGACUUGCUUACCAAGGAACGUAAGGACCUUAUAGAAAAAAUCACUUGUUUAAACCAAGAAAUUGAGAGGCUGAACAAAGUACCGCGACAAUUACCAUCACCUGUACAGGUGAAACCCCAACCUCCUCUCACUGAGAGUGAAAUUAGGAAACGGAUGCAAGCCUACAUGAAGCCUGUAGAAAAGGAAUUAGCUCAACUUCGGCAAGGGGGUGGGCGUAAGAAGACGCAACCAUUGUCUGUAAAAUCGCUAGUACAAUCCAUAGAAAGUGUGGCCUCUCAGAAUGGCAGUAUGCCAGUUUCUCCUAACCCUGUCACAGAACCGGAUAAAAACAUUUUUGCUCCAACUUCAUCAAACGGAUCAUCCGGAAGAUCCUCACCAGCCUUUUCUGCUCGGCCUUCGUUGGAGCGCCGCAACACAACUGUCUCUCAAAAAACUGAAUCAAAGACACCGCCCCCAUUAUUACGCCGUGCUAGCACACCAGUCUUGUCUCCAGUAGAAUCUAGAAAGAGUUUAAGCCCGUCAGCUGUAGUACGUACCCCAACGACUAGGACGGAUGCAAGGCAGGCAAUUGGUGAUGUGCUGUACAGGCGAUCUGAUUUUCCAAGCCGUAAAACAAGUUCAGGCUUGAAUGCUUCACCCACCAACAAUACAACAACCAAGGAUAGCACUGGUAUAAAAACAUCUACUGUUUCAUCUCCAAGAAGACCCAAUGAGGCACCUGAGAAGAAAGAUCCACUGACUGUACUUGUGCGCCAUGAAGGUGGUGGUUCAAAGCGAAAUGCUCUACUACGAUGGUGUCAAAACAAAACACAAGGUUAUACGAAUAUUGACAUCACAAAUUUUAGUAGUAGUUGGAAUGAUGGACUGGGAUUCUGUGCAUUAAUACAUAGCUACCUGCCCCAUAUGAUACCCUUUAAUGAACUGAACAAUCAAGACCAGAGGAGGAAUUUCACCCUAGCUUUUUUGGCAGCAGAAAGUGUUGGCAUCUCCAGUAUAUUGGAUGUUGAGGAUAUGGUAAAGAUGGAACGACCUGAUUGGCAGUCUGUCAUGACUUAUAUCACAUCCAUUUACACGCACUUUGAGACCUAGUGGGAUUUGAGUAACAGAAAACAACUCUUGCCAGUGGAUCCAAUCUAUGCUUCCAUGAAUACAGAACUCAUAAAUACUGUACAUCGUGGCUAUCAUACACCACAUUCAUAUAGUGCAACAGUUGUAUAUUUUUUUCCUUCAGAAUGGAGAGACCAUCACAAUGCCAAAUCAGCCGUAACAGUAUUCUUUGUUUGAAAUUGUCUGAAUGAAAAGCUAGGAAAAUCUUGUGCUCUCAGAAGUUUGAAUUUGUACUAAAACUUCUGAAGAAGUACUGUACUAUAUUCUUAUUAUAGAACUGUAUGUGCAUUUGGAAUGGUUGUAGGUAUUUAUGAGCAUCUAAUAUAUUAAUCAGCAAGUAGGCCCAUGCUAAGCAUAAUAGUAAAUACAAAUAUAGUAUCACUGUUUUUGUAUUUAAUAUUAAGCAUAAUAUUAAAUUCAAAAAUCAUUGAUAUUUCUCACUAUAUUUAUUCUUACACUAUAAUUUUAUGCUGAUAACCUGAUUGUUGAGUUAAAAUUGUAAAUAAAAUUAAAAUACAAAUACAGUAUCACUGUUUUUGUAUUUAAUAUUAAGCAUAAUAUUAAAUUCAAAAAUCAUUGAUAUUUCUCACUAUAUCGCUUCUUACACUGUAAUUUUACGCUGAUAACUUGAUUGUUGAGUUAAAAUUGUAUCUAAAUUAAUUUGUCAAAAGCUUCCUGUAUACAUGUCAACUUAAAUUUAAAUUUCUUUUAUCUUUAUUAGUUAAACAUUAAUACAAACCAACAGCUAAAGUCUGAUAAUGUCUGCUUAUAAAAUAGUUAGGUUACAAAAUUAACUAAACCCUUUACUGACCAAAACUCAUAAUCAAAAUUCAACAAAAUGUCAAGUGAAUGUAUAUAAAAAAUAAAUAAAUAUGUAACAGAAAACAUUUGAACAAAUGAUUGAAGUUUUAGUAAUGAUAUGUAAUAUAAAAUAUGAGACUGGACCCUUGACAAGAAAAUAGCUGUUAAGUAUUAUCUAAUCUUUGUCAAAAGUUAGCUUAAUUAAAAUAUGCUAAUUGUAAAUUAGCUUCAUUUAUUAUAUUUAUUCUAUAUAGUUUACUUAUAAUAAUGAUAUAAGCUCCACUGUAUUGUAAAUGUUAUUCUAAUAAUAUUAUCAGUAUAAUAACUGUUAAUUUGCUUAAACUUCCAAAUAAUUAUCUUUCUCUAUACCUUGAAAAUGCCUACGGUUUGAAACUGCAAUUUUGUGUUUGUGGCUGUUAGUUUUUAGCAUGCUUCUUAUUUAUGUUUUGCAAAUAAAUUAUUUUUAUUGUUAUAUUAUUUUUUGUACCUGUACACUUAAUUAUAAAAGUAUUAUGAAUAACAAUAGAAAUGAUGUUGUUCUCUGUAAAAGCUGAUAGCUUCAAAAGUACUUAUACUUAUAUCUUCAGUAAUAUCUCCAGUUUUAUUUUAUGUUCAUGUCUUCCCCCUCCAAAUAUAUUACAAAGAACUGACCGUUUUUUUUUCACACAAAUUCUUUCAUUGAUUAACAGUACAAGCUUAUUAUUUCAACACUCUGUUUCAGUCUGUAAUUGGAUGUUUGUUUUAAAACUAAUGUAAAUUUAUUUCCUAGAGCUUUCAAGUCGAGAAGAUUCAUUAUAUAAGCAAUGUUUUAAAACAAGUCUUUCUUACUAGUAGUAAACUGUAGUUCAUUUAAUUAUACAUUUCAUGUUGAAUUAAGAAAUUGAGUAACAAUAAAUGGAGUAAAUUUAAUGAA